AGGAGAUCCAAGAUGGCGGCUGGAGUCGGAACAACAGUCUUUGAGAGCGAUCUUGCUGGUGAUGGCUUCGGUAACGAUCAAAUAAAUGAUAUAUUUGGAGACGAUGAUGACUUAUUCAAUGCCCCAGCACCUUUACCACCUCUUUCUCCUACGGGUGUCGAUGAUGGAGCGAAUAAUCUCGACGGAGCUGGCGAAGAACAAGACAACAAGGAAAAGAAGAAAAAGAGGAUUAUUAAGCGAUCUCCAAGACCAAGACUGAAUGAAGCUAGGCUUUGUGGAGAGCGCGGUAUCACAGCUUUGGCCCAUUUAUGUGAUGGGGUAAAAUUCAAAGGCAAAGGCCAUGAGAUUGCAUUCUGGACUAGCUUGGGUCAACACUAUGCCUCAGAUCUUAGAGUUCUAUUACAACGUUUUGAGCAUUGGGCUCACAGACUGUAUCCCAUGUAUCCUUUUGAAGAUGUUGUUGACCAAGUAGAAACACUAGGAAAAAAGAAAUUGGUUCAGAAUGCCAUAAAACAGGCUAGAAGAGAAGAUGAUGGGCAAGUAAAUGAAAAUCUAUCAGAGGAUGAUGAAAUGCAAGUAAAUGGUCAAGAUUCAGAAACAAACAUAACUUCAACACCAAGUAUGGAUAAUGCUAUAUUUGGUGGGCAUGUUGAAGCAUCAAGUACACCAGUGAUUGGUUUGACUCCUGAACAAAAGGAAAGAAUAAGACUAAACAGAGAACGAGCUCUAGCAAAACGAAGAGCUCAAUCAAGUCAACUAGCAAGCUCGACGUCACAAAAUUCAUCUCAAGAUAACUCCAAUGCUAUGAACGCACAGGAUUCUUUGGCAGGAGGAUCUCAAAACAACAGGGAAGAAACUGAGCAUAUACCAAGUGAAAAUAGCCCAGAACGCAGCAAACUCAAUUUCGAGACAGAUUUUGAAGAAACAGGAACUAAAGAGGUUGAAAACGUGGAUGUGUUAAGAGAUACUAUGGAAAGUGAAACCACGGGAAACAAGGAAUCCAUGGAAACAGGAAUAACGAGUGACAAGGAAACCAUGCAAACUGAAAUCUUGCCUGAGAAGGAAACCAUGGAAACGAAAAUCACUGGUGACAAAGAAACCAUGGAAACGGAAGUUACAGGAGACAAGGCAACCAUGGGAACAGAAAUCACGGGGGGAAAGGAAACCAUGGAAACGAAAAUCACUGGUGACAAGGAAACCAUGGAGACGGAAGUUACAGGAGACAAGGAAACCAUGGAAACAGAAAUCACGGGGGGGAAGAAAACCAUGGAAACGAAAAUCACUGGUGACAAGGAAACCAUGGAAACUGAAGUUACAGGAGACAAGGAAACCAUGGAAACGAAAACCACUGGUGACAAGGAAACCAUGGAAACUGAAUUUACAGGAGACAAGAAAAACCGUGGAAACAAAAAUCAACAAGGAAGCCAUGGAAACUGAAGGUACACGAGACAAGGAAACCAUGGAAACUGACAUCUCGCGGGAUAAGGAAACCAUGGAAACGAAAAUUGCACAGGACAAUGAAACCAUGGAAACAAGUCACGCCGGAUAAGGAACCAUGGAAACAACAGAGCUGACAGUAACCACGGAAACUUAAAGUAUUAUUUUAGCUAAACCCUUAGAAUCAUCGAUUAAAGGAAAUCACUGGACUACUGUAAUUUGAUGAUCAGAUAGUGGUGAUAAUAAUGGCGAUGGUGAUGUGAUGUGAUGAUAUCGUGGUGGUGAUGAUAAUGACGAUGGUGAUGGUGGUGGUAAUUGGAAGAUGAUGCUUAGGAUAAUAAUUGCUGAUUAAGAUAACUAAAGCUGAUAAUGCUGAAAUGUCUGCAGAAAGUCGCCCCUCUUCCGACCACGUAGAAAUCUUUCUGGCAUUCGUAUUAUAUAUAGAUAUCAAGACAAUAUUAAUAAGUAAGCUUACUUAAUAUUCUCUUGAUGGAUAUCUAACAAAUUAGAAAUACAUUUCGAAUCUUCCAUUUUAGUUGAGUUACAGAACUAUUAAUUGUUAAUAAAGAAACGGUUUUAUAUCA